AUGGUACAGGACUCUGAUCACGAGAUGACGAAAGCAAGCGUGGCAGCGACGAAGAUCCAGGCCAACUUCCGGGGCUACCGAGCGCGGAAGCGUUUGAAGGAGUUGAAGAAGGACGGAGAACUGCAAUCGCCGGGCGUGAUAGAAAGGGAGCAACGCCGGGAACGUUUGGAGAACGCGGGAUCCUCCACCCUGAAGGAACGGAAUCCUUCGAGGGAAUCCCUGGAGGAGAAGUCGGCGACGAAAAUCCAGGCUCGAGUGCGGGGAUUCCUGACGCGCAAGAAACAGCAAGUGGCCCACGAGGCUGCGACUAGAAUUCAAGCGGGUUUUCGGGGUUUCAAGGCCAGAAAACUGUUAAAACAGAGCGAACAAUGA